GGUCAAUGCCAUGCAAUGCCCUGGAGAUCAAAACCUAGCAUGAUCAACUUUCUCGUUCUGUGUUUCGCACUUCUGUGCACUCUGGCAGCAGCUUUCCCCAAGCAGAGGGUCAAAUCUUCGUGUAUCACGAGCAGCAUUAGCACAUAUACAGGUACUGCCAGUACGAGUGCAAAGACUGUAUUGCCCUGGGCUACCUCUGCUCAAUCAGCUUCGACUUGUGCUUCAACGAGCUUCACACCUCGCUACAGUUCAUUCAGCUAUACUCAAGUUAGCAGCAAUCGCUAUGCGACUCCCAUCCCCGCUCCGGCCACGUUCGCCAGUGCUUUUGCUCCAGCUUACACCAAGGCAAAAUCGCUACUGCCUUCCAAUGUCACAUACACGACUUACUCGUUGAACACAAGGGCCACUACUAGCAACGACGGCAAAUAUGGGCAAUCUGCAUACGCAAGUCUUUGGGCUGGAUACACUUACAACCGAACUGUUCCAUUCACCACGACAGUGUCGCCUACACCUGUGGCUACUAGCGAACUUGUCUACCCUCCAGCUCUGUACUCGGCUUGUCCUGACGCAGAUGCGUGUCUCGACUGCUACAAGUUUGACAAGAACUUCAUAUGGGGUGUUGCCGGUAGUGCAUGGCAGAUCGAGGGUGCACUCCAGCAGGAAGGCAGAGGACCUGGCAACCUCGAUGGCCUCGGCAACCAGGGUCCUGGCGGUAUGCCUAGUGGCAAUGACUCUGUGGAAGCCGACAUGAACUACUACCUCUAUAAGCAAGACAUUGCAAGACUCGCUGCCAUCGGAGUGCCGUACUAUUCUUUCUCCAUCUCUUGGUCGAGAAUCGUGCCUUUUGGUGUCGCAGGCAGCCCGGUCAACACGCAAGGCCUGGAUCAUUACGAUGAUUUGAUCAAGACUUGUCUCCAGUACGGCAUCAAGCCUGUUGUUACUCUGGUUCAUGUUGAUGCACCAACAUCUAUCAGUCUGGACGAGGACUUUACCGCCGAUUACUUGUAUUACGCCAAGCAGGUCAUGGCCAGAUAUGCUGAACAUGUCCCAUACUGGGUCACAUUCAACGAGCCCAACAUUGGCAUGCCGUACAGCUUCCACACCUACAAUGGGUUGACUCACAUCCUCAUGGCACACUCGGCAGUGUACAAGUGGUACAAGCAGACCCUUGGCGGUACUGGCAAGAUCACCAUCAAGUUCGCCAACAACCUUGCUGUACCACGCGACCUGAACAAAAGUUCUGAUUUGGCGGCAGCGUCGCGCUACCAAGAUUUCAUUCUCGGCAUCAUGGCCAACCCUUUGUUCUUGGGAAAGCAAUACCCGGCAGAGGUUUUGGCCACGCCAAACCUGAAUUUGACAGCUCUGACGCCACAGCAAAUCUCGUACAUCAACGGUACGGUUGACUUGUGGGCUUUCGACCCCUAUGUCUCGCAGUUUGCCUCUGAGCCAGCAAAUGGAUUCGACAGCUGUAUCAACAAUAGCAGCGAUCCCCUUUGGCCUCGAUGCGCUGACCUUACCGAGAUCCAACAGAACGGAUGGCAGGUAGGCCAAAAGUCAAACGACUACGCAUACAUUGCACCUCAAUACGUCCGCCAACAACUGGGCUAUGUGUGGAACACUUUCAAGCCCUCCGGUAUCCUCAUCUCCGAGUUUGGAUUCAACCCAUACAUGGAGUCGGAAAAGAAGCUUGUCGAGCAGCUGUAUGAUACCGAGCGAGCUCUUUACUACGAAGAUUUCCUAAAGGAGACACUGAAGGCGAUGCACCUGGAUGGGGUCAACGUCGUUGGAGCAUUGGCGUGGAGCUUCGUUGACAACAAUGAGUUUGGAUCUUACGAGAACCAGUAUGGUCUCCAGACUGUCAACAGGACGAGUGGAAAGUUUGAGAGACACUACAAAAGGAGUUUCUUUGAUUAUGUCGACUUCUUCCACAAGUAUGUCGCAGCAUAG